AUGCCCACGCCAUACCGCACUCUUGCAGCCCCGUAUCUUUUUCUGGCACUCGCGGCAUCCUCCUUCGUGGUCGUGGAUGGCGUCCUCGUCAAUCGGACCAUCGACGACAACUUGGGGGAUAGUGUCACAGGGGAGCAGCCCACAUACCUCCCCGAUGGCGGGUGGGCCCUCGGUUCAGUAUGCACAACCUGCAAUAUCCAUCCGGGCCUCGUCAACCUCAACAAGACAUUCGACCAGACAUGGCACGACACCACUCACCACCCAGGGGGACCCGAUCAGGUCAUCACUGCGACGUUCUCUGGCGUCGCGGUGUACGUGUUCAACAUCAUCGCGAAUACUGUCGGCGCCACCACGACGCUGACGAACCUGUCCUUCACUCUGGAUGGAGAGCUAGUUGGAUCCUACCUGCAUGCCCCCGACACAAGCACGGACAUAUUAUACAACGUGUCGGUUUACAGCAACACCAGCCUUACCAAUGGGCCGCAUACGCUGGAGAUACAACCUACGGGGCCGUUCAGUUCUCUCAUCCUCUUCGACUACAUUGCGUACACCGUAGACGAAGAAAUCACGACCUCAGCGAGCCCGACACAGAGCCCGUCGUCCUCUCCGUCAACAACU